AUGCUUAAGCUCGUCAGCUGUUUCAUGUCAUCGGAAUUAUUUGGGGAAAACGAAACCAGCAACAUGGGCAAACAUAAAACUCAAAUGAAAGAUAACGUUUUCGUGGAAUUCAUGAAAUUGAACCAGGAUUUAGCCAGAGGCUUCAUUAAAGGUGACCGGCCAAUAGCUGCUGCCAAAUGGCAUGCAUUAGUCUGCAAACUAAAUGCUGCUGGCCCACCUAUCAAGGACAUUGCCGGUUGGAAAAAAGAAUGGCUCGAUUGGAAAAUGCAUAUUCGCAAAAAACUGGCGCACAAUGAGAAGGAAGGCAAAGCCACCGGGGGAGGUCCAUAUGAUCAGACCGUUAUUUUACCAAUUGAGGAGGAAGUUGCAAAAAUAUGUGGUCUGUUCGAAAUGGUGAAUGGGUUGGAAGGUGCCCUUACUUUUGGAGUACCGGAAGAGCACACAGAAGCAGAAAAUGUAUCACAACGCACUGAAGAGCCAAUACAAACCGAGACACCAAUUGUUGAGGAGGUAGCUGAGCCUACCCCAAAACGUCGAAAGUUAGGGCCCCAAACAUCAAAUGUGCAGUCUUUGGACGAAGUGUGUGCUGCGCAACUGGACACCAUGAAAACCAUUGCAACCAGUCUACAGAAACUUAUAACACAUCAAGAGGAGCAUAACCGCCAACAGCUUGAGCACCACCGCAUAAUUAAAAAAAUUGAAGCAUAA